CUCUUCCCCUUCGCCUUUUUUCCGGAAGACCGCCUUCACGUUCUGGUUCAAAAGACUAGUUACCCAAUGAAUAACAGGGCGGAACCAGAGUGGCGGCCUCGUCUGCCAAUGCGCAGACGGCGAGGGCGGAGCGCCCAGAGCGAGCCUGUGACGGUAGGCGGCGUGUGACGCAGUCGGGCCCUCUGCGCGCUGCGCCCGGAGCGGCGGUGGGUGGCGGUGGUAUCGGUAGUGGCAGCGGCGGCGGCGACGGUUUCGUGGCGGCCGCGCGCUGCUCUGUGAGCGGCAGGUGGCGGACGGGCCUGUGCCCUCACUCCUGGUACUUUCCCCCACCGCACCUCGCUUUCUGAAACAAAGACUCAUCUUGAAGAUGUUUAAUAAAUCAUUUGGAACACCCUUUGGGGGUGGCACAGGUGGCUUUGGCACAACUUCAACAUUUGGGCAGAAUACUGGCUUUGGCACUACUACUGGCGGGGCUUUUGGAACAUCUGCUUUUGGUUCUAGCAACAAUACUGGAGGCCUAUUUGGAAAUACACAGACCAAACCAGGAGGAUUAUUUGGUACCAACUCAUUUAGCCAGCCAGCCACUUCCACAAGCACUGGCUUUGGAUUUGGUACAUCAACAGGAACAUCGAAUAGCCUGUUUGGAACUGCAAGCACAGGGACCAGUCUUUUCUCAUCCCAAAACAAUGCCUUUGCACAAAAUAAACCAACUGGCUUUGGGAAUUUUGGAACUAGUACCAGCAGUGGAGGACUCUUUGGAACUACAAAUACCACCUCUAAUCCUUUUGGCAGCACAUCUGGUUCCCUUUUUGGGCCAAGUAGUUUUACAGCUGCUCCCACUGGAACUACAAUUAAAUUUAAUCCUCCAACUGGUACAGAUACUAUGGUCAAAGCUGGAGUUAGCACUAACAUCAGUACCAAACAUCAAUGUAUUACUGCUAUGAAAGAAUAUGAAAGCAAGUCACUAGAGGAGCUUCGUUUAGAGGAUUAUCAGGCUAACCGGAAAGGCCCUCAGAACCAGGUGGGAUCAGGUACCACAGCUGGCUUGUUUGGGUCUUCUCCAGCCACUUCCAGUGCUACAGGACUCUUCAGCUCCUCUACCACUAAUUCAGGCUUUGCAUAUGGUCAGAACAAAACUGCUUUUGGAACUAGUACAACUGGAUUUGGAACCAAUCCAGGUGGUCUCUUUGGCCAACAGAAUCAGCAGACUACCAGCCUCUUCAGCAAACCAUUUGGCCAGGCCACAACUACCCAGAACACUGGCUUUUCCUUUGGUAAUACCAACACCCUGGGACAGCCAAGUACCAAUACCAUGGGUUUAUUUGGAGUAACCCAAGCUUCGCAGCCUGGAGGUCUUUUUGGGACAGCUACAAACACCAGCACUGGGACAGCAUUUGGAACAGGAACAGGUCUGUUUGGGCAGACCAAUACUGGAUUUGGUGGUGUUGGUUCGACCCUGUUUGGCAAUAACAAGCUUACUACAUUUGGAAGCAGUACAACCAGUGCACCUUCAUUUGGUACAACCAGUGGCGGUCUCUUUGGUUUUGGCACAAAUACCAGUGGGAACAGUAUUUUUGGAAGUAAACCGGCACCUGGGACUCUGGGGCCUGGGCUUGGUGCAGGAUUUGGAACAGCUCUUGGUGCUGGACAGGCAUCUUUGUUUGGAAACAGCCAACCUAAGAUCGGAGGGCCUCUUGGUACAGGAGCCUUUGGGGCCCCUGGAUUUAAUACUACGACAGCUACUUUGGGCUUUGGAGCCCCCCAGGCCCCAAGAUUGAAACCAACAAAUCCAGCAGCCCAGAAGGCUCUUACUACACCUACUCAUUAUAAAUUGACACCCCGCCCUGCCACUAGAGUGCGACCAAAGGCUUUACAGACAACAGGCACAGCCAAGUCACAUCUCUUUGAUGGAUUGGACGAUGAUGAACCAUCCCUAGCCAAUGGAGCGUUCAUGCCCAAGAAGAGUAUUAAGAAGCUGGUUUUGAAGAACCUUAAUAACAGCAAUCUCUUUUCUCCUGUUAAUCGUGAUUCAGACGAUCUAGCCUCACCAUCUGAAUAUCCAGAAAAUGGAGAGAGGUUUAGUUUUUUGAGCAAAUCUGUUGAGGAGAACCAUCAACAGGACGGAGAUGAUGAUUCACUAGUAUCACGUUUUUAUACUAAUCCUAUUGCUAAACCCAUUCCUCAAACCCCAGAGAGUGCUGGAAAUAAACAUAACAGUAGCAGCAGUGCGGAUGAUACCAUUGUUGCAUUAAACAUGCGUGCUGCUUUGCGAAAUGGGCUGGAAGGAAGCAGUGAAGAAACCUCUUUCCACGAUGAGUCACUACAAGAUGACCGAGAGGAAGUAGAAAAUAAUGCUUAUCAUAUGCAUCCAGCAGGAAUUGUUCUCACUAAGGUUGGUUACUACACUAUUCCAUCUAUGGAUGACCUUGCUAAAAUUACCAAUGAAAAAGGAGAGUGCAUUGUCUCUGACUUCACUAUUGGUCGCAAAGGUUAUGGUUCAAUCUACUUUGAAGGAGAUGUGAAUUUGACAAAUCUAAAUUUGGAUGACAUAGUGCAUAUUCGAAGGAAAGAAGUGAUUGUCUACUUAGAUGAUAACCAAAAACCACCUAUAGGUGAAGGGCUAAAUAGGAAGGCUGAAGUUACAUUGGAUGGAGUUUGGCCAACAGAUAAAACAUCUCGUUGUUUAAUAAAGAGCCCAGAUCGACUUGCUGAUAUCAACUAUGAAGGGAGAUUAGAAGCAGUUUCAAGGAAACAGGGAGCUCAGUUUAAAGAGUAUCGGCCUGAAACUGGUUCUUGGGUGUUUAAGGUCUCCCAUUUUUCUAAGUAUGGCCUUCAGGAUUCUGAUGAAGAAGAGGAGGAGAAUUCAUCCAAAACUAGUACUAAGAAGUUGAAGACUACCCCUUUGCCUCCUACAGGCCAGACUGCCCCUUUCCAGAUGGCUCUUAAUGGCAAACCUGCUCCUCCACCCCAGAGUCAGAGCCCAGAGGUGGAGCAGUUAGGGAGGGUUGUGGAACUGGACAGUGAUAUGGUAGAUAUUACCCAGGAGCCAGUUUUGGAUACCAUGUUAGAAGAGAGCAUGCCUGAGGAUCAGGAACCUGUGUCUGCCUCAACGCAUAUUGCAUCUUCACUGGGAAUUAAUCCACAUGUCUUACAGAUCAUGAAAGCAUCAUUGCUUGCUGAUGAAGAAGAUGUAGAUAUGGUGCUGGAUCAACACGUCAGUCGCCUUCCUUCCAAAGCAGAUAAUUCUCAAGAAAUCUGUUCUCCCAGGCUCCCCAUUUCAGCAUCCCACUCAACAAAAUCUCGUUCACUAGUUGGUGGGUUACUGCAAUCAAAAUUUACAAGUGGAGCUUUCCUUUCACCAAGUGCCUCUGUGCAAGAAUGUCGCACUCCCAGAACAUCAUCUUUAGUGAAUAUUCCAUCCACAUCCUCUUGGUCUGUCCCUCCAACCCUGACUGCUGUGUUUACAGUGCCCAGUCCAGCUCCCGAGGUUCAGUUGAAAACAGUGGGUACACGAAGGCAACCAGGUCUAGUCCCUCUUGAAAAGUCUGUCACCUAUGGCAAGGGGAAACUCUUGAUGGACAUGGCCCUAUUUAUGGGACGUUCAUUUCGUGUUGGUUGGGGCCCUAACUGGACUCUUGCUAAUAGUGGAGAACAGUUGAAUGGCUCUCAUGAACUGGAAAAUCAUCAGAUUGCCGAUUCUAUGGAAUAUGGAUUCCUGCCCAAUUCAGUAGCUGUUAAAUCCCUAACUGAGUCACCAUUUAAAGUUCACUUGGAAAAACUCAGUUUGAGACAAAGGAAGCUGGAUGAAGACCUGCAGUUAUACCAGACACCUCUGGAGCUCAAGUUGAAACAUAGCACCGUUCAUGUGGAUGAGUUGUGUCCUCUCGUUAUCCCUAAUCCAGGAGUUGCUGUCAUUCAUGACUAUGCAGAUUGGGUUAAGGAAGCAUCAGGAGAUUUAAGAGAAGCACAAAUUGUGAAGCACUGGAGCCUGACAUGGACAUUAUGUGAAGCUCUGUGGGGCCAUCUGAAAGAGCUUGACAGCCAGCUGGAUGAGCCUAGUGAAUACAUUCAGAUUCUAGAGCGGCGAAGAGCUUUCUCUCGCUGGCUAUCCCUUACUGCCGCACCUCAGAUUGAAGAGGAAGUCUCCUUAACCCGAAAGGACAACCCUGUCGAAGCUGUGUUCAGCUACCUCACAGGCAAGAGGAUCAGUGAGGCCUGCUCUCUGGCCCAGCAGUCAGGUGAUCAUCGUCUUGCCCUUCUUUUAUCUCAGUUUGUGGGUAGCCAGUCAGUCCGAGAGCUGCUCACCAUGCAACUGGCGGAUUGGCAUCAGCUCCAGGCUGACUGCUUUAUCCAGGAUGAGAGACUGCGAAUCUUUGCCCUAUUGGCUGGAAAACCGGUGUGGCAGCUGUCAGAGCAGAAGCAAAUCAACGUGUGCUCCCAUUUGGAUUGGAAACGCUGCCUGGCUAUCCAUCUUUGGUAUUUGCUACCACCAACAGCCUCCAUUUCUAGGGCACUCAGCAUGUAUGAAGAAGCAUUUCAGAAUACCUCUGAGGGUGACAGAUAUGCCUGUUCCCCACUUCCUUCAUACAUCGAGGGCUUUGGCUGUGUGGUAGAAGAGGAACAAGACUCACAGAGACCACUUCGAGAUGUCUGCUUUCACCUUCUAAAGCUUUACAGUGACAGACAUUAUGAUCUCAACCAGCUGUUAGAGCCUCGAAGCAUAACCGCAGAUCCUUUGGACUACCGCCUAAGCUGGCACUUGUGGGAAGUAUUAAGGGCUCUUAACUAUACCCAUCUCUCAGAGCAGUGUGAGGGUGUGCUGCAGGCCAGUUACGCUGGCCAACUGGAAAGCGACGGGCUCUGGGAGUGGGCCAUCUUUGUCUUCCUGCACAUUGACAACUCAAGCAUGCGUGAAAAGGCUGUUCGAGAGCUGCUUACCCGGCAUUGCCAACUAUUGGACACCCCUGAGUCUUGGGCUAAGGAGACUUUCCUUACCCAGAAGCUUUGUGUGCCUGCUGAGUGGAUUUAUGAGGCCAAAGCGGUACGGGCACACAUGGAAUCUGACAAACACUUGGAGGCCCUCUAUUUAUUUAAAGCUGGGCACUGGAACCGCUGCCACAAACUCAUCAUUCAGCACUUAGCUUCUGAUGCCAUUAUUAAUGAGAACUACGACUACCUGAAGGGGUUCUUGGAAGAUUUGGAACCUCCAGAACACAGCAGCCUAAUUCAGGAUUGGGAAACAUCUGGGCUUGUUUACCUGGACUAUAUUCGGGUUAUUGAAAUGCUUCAUAGUAUACAGCAGGUGGACUGCUCAGGUUAUGAGUUGGAGCAGUUACACACUAAAGUGACUUCAUUGUGCAACCGGAUAGAGCAGAUCCAGUGUUACAAUGCCAAGGAUCGACUAGCUCAGUCAGACAUGGCCAAACGUGUAGCCAACCUGCUGCGGGUGGUACUGAGUCUGCAGCAUGCUCCUGAUACAGCCUCUGAUUCAACACCAGACCCUCAGCGAGUCCCUUUGCGCCUGUUGGCUCCCCACAUUGGCCGGCUCCCCAUGCCUGAGGACUAUGCCUUGGAGGAACUGCGCAGCCUCACACAGUCCUAUCUGCGAGAACUGACUGUUGGGAGCCAGUGAGCCCUAGGCUCUGCACCACACUCACAUGCCCAUUCACACUCACCACACAGAGGUCCCCUGCAUUGUUGUGAUCAGUACUGUUUGCCCUUCUCUGAGUUGGCUACGGAAUCCGCUCUCCCUUCCUGCUGCCACAAGCAGCACCUUCCAGUUGUUCAGGGCUUUUCAUAAUACUGAACAUAGCAUAAGGGCUUUUAGAACCCCCAAAAUCAGACAUCCUUUUACCAUCCUCAAGACCAGUUUUUUUUCCUUUUUAAAAAUGGUCAAUAAAGCUCCUUUGGCAGAAUCCAAAAAAACCCCAGGGAAUCCUUUUCUAUUCCCAGCCAUUCUGGAUCUUGUGACUCUCCAUGCCAACCCGCUACUCUACUUGUACCCCAGACUUCUGUACUAUAGAUAAGUGAGACUGGUUAUGGAACAAAUGAACUAUCCUUCCUUAGCAGGAAGAGGGGGAAUCUUUCUGAAGUAGCCUGGUCAGUUAACACUGAGUUUUGGAGUCAGAAGAGGGUUGGCUUGAAUUAGGAAAUAGUAGAUCUUCCUAACACCUCUAAGAUAGAAGUGAAUUGCUGCCAUGGAACAAUCUAGCUUUGAGGCUUGUUUUGUUCCUGACUUGAAUGAAUAUUCCACGAACACCAUACCUUUCCUACUACCAUGUGCAGCAGUCCUAAGUCACAUAUCAUGUGUCUGGUAAACUCCCAGAAUUCAGUUUCAUCCCUGGUUUUCAGCAAUCUUCAUGGAACUCUGGAUUUACCCAAAGAGUUUGGAUUAAAAGUGGCUGAUGAGGUAGCCCUUCCUGUUCCUCCUGUAUUAGUCCCCAAACAUUUUUCACCCUCCAAUUUCCCUCCCAGAUGGUAAAAUUAUCACUGAGGCAGGCAAACAGCUGGGCUUUAGGUGUAGGCAGAGGACCUUUGCUACACUGCUGCCAGCUAUGGGGGAGCCACAGGUAAUGACCUGAGACAGCUGGUAUUAGAGCUGUCACAGGCAGUAUGGCUACCCUGGGGUCUUUAUGCAUGAUGAUUAUGUAAAGGUUUUUAUUAAAAAUAUAUAUAUAUUAUAUAUAUAUAUAAAUAAAUGAUCUAGAUUA